CAGUCACAUCCAGAAGACCACAGUUCCAUUCCAACUUUCAAAGCAUCAACAUGAAGGUCUUCAUUCUAGCGGCAUUAGUCGCCGUUGUGGCCUCUGAAGGAUAUCAAUACACUAAGCCAGCCUAUUCGCCAAUAGUUUAUCCUACACCUGCUUAUCCGCCCUACACUGGCACUGCCCAUCCGUCAAAUGAAGAAUACGUAGCCGCAAUGCCCUACAAUUUUGCCUGGGCCGUAAAGGACCAACAGUCCUACAACAACUUCGCCCACCAGGAGAACGCUGAUGGCAAGGGCUACGUGUCCGGCUCUUACCGCACCCUCCUGCCCGACGGCCGGACCCAGACGGUCACCUACAAGGUCGACGAUUACACCGGAUACGUCGCCGAUGUCAAAUACGAGGGAGAGGCCAAAUACCAGCAAGAAUAUAAGGCCGCGUCGUACAGGCCUGCCGCUUACCCAAGUCCCUAAACAAUUUGUUCAAGUGUUGGGAAACGUUUACACAUAGUCACACAGCCAUUUCGAUAUUUCAAAUACAGAUGUUAUCAAUUAAAGACAAAUUCAAUC